UAUGCCACAACCCUGUAACUUGACACACCCAUCUGUCUCUCUCAGGUCUCCAUGAGCUGAAUAGACAUCUGAACUCCCGGACUGCACAGGAGCGGUAGAGAAGAAAAGGAGAACACUUCACCAAGGUGUUAAGAAGAAGAGCAUUUUAACAGUAUGGGUUCUGGACAGAGCAGUGACAAACUCCACUGCAACCGCUACCUGGAUGGACAGGGUCCUCCACCACUGGUACAACAAGCUAAAGAAGGGGUGGAUGAGCUGUACAGAGGACCGAAUGGCUGCCAGCCAGAGGGACAGAUGACCUGGGUGAUCCUCCACAGAGAGCUACCAAGAUUCCCGGAUGACAACACCCUGCAGAUCAACUACAUAUUCCCAGAUGGAAUACAGACAGAGAAACACCCUCACCCUUGCCAGCCUUAUGCAGGGCUGCGGCUGUGUGCUUACCUGCCUGACAAUCGUGACGGAAGGAGUGUUCUAAAGCUUCUGGAGAAGGCUUUCAAUGAGCAGCUCCUGUUUACUGUUACCACCAAUAAAGAUGGAGAAGACAUGGUGACUACAGCUUCCAUUCCCCUCAAAACCCAAGCAGACGGAGGGAGUGGAGUUGACGGCUACCCAGAUUCUGACUACCUGAAGACGGUUAGAAAGCUACUAAAGGAUAAAGGCAUUGAAUAACAACGAACACUCCUGGAUGGACAGAUAAAGGCAUGGACUUCAAACAACAGUUUAUCUCUGAAUGGCCAGAGAACCUUUGCGAUAAAUUAUAAAAUAUCUUAAAAAAUAUAUAUAAUCAAUGGAUGUUGCUGUCAAUGUGUUAUCUGUAUAUUAUUAGUGCGGUUCUUAUUCUUGAAAUAUGAUGUACUCCAAAUGUUGGUGGGGUCCUUGUAUGAAUCAAUUAUUGUAUCGUUACAAAAAUUACAAAUAUUGAGUCACAUUAUUGUAUUAAAGGGCAGUAAAUAGACAAUAUCCCUUGUAUGAGUGAGUUGAAAAUUGUAUUUAUUUUUAAGCAGCACAGGGAACAUUCAUAGCUCCACUUAUUGUACAGACACAUUAGUUGAUGCAAUUUGUUCUGUAAGAGUUAAUUUAAUAUGACAAAUGCCAAGUUUCAGGUCAUGGAUAGGGUGAAAGUUCUAUUAAAUUUAAUAAUUUAACUUAAGCAAUACUAAAGUUGUUUUGUCCCUUUAAGUCAUAGCCAUGUUGUAUUUUGUUUAUAGAUUUGUGUGUAAUAGAUCAAUUCAGAAAAUACCUUAUGGUAUGAUAUAAAGUCACAUUGUUGGUUUAUGUUUGCAAAUACAGCAUUUAAAAUGUGGUACAGCAGUGGUUGUGAGAGGUAUAGAUUGAAAGAAGAGAGGCUGUGAUGCUCAUGAGGACCAAACCAUGACUCAGAAGAACCAAACGGUAAUUUUUUUUUACAGUUGUACAAAGCACAAAUAAACACAUCCACACCUCUUCACAAACCUCUGGGAAAGUGCCGGAUUUGAAUGAAUGCAGCCCAAGGCACGGCCAAGUGGCAUGACAGUGUUUGACCUGGGGAAAAAGAUAAGAUUCAAGAAUUCAUGUAGCAGAGUUUGAUCAAAUAUUACAAUAUAACACAAAUAGAAACAUAUAUAAGCAAUAGAGGUAUCUUUGACCAGGACUUGUCAUUUAACUCCCACGUUAAUCAAAUCUCAAGGAUUGCAUUUUUUCAUCUAC